UACAGCUAUACAAGACCAAAUUGACAAAAGUUAUUUGGCAACGAAACAUUUAAGCCAACAUGUAAACAAAAGAAGUGUAAUUCUUGCUGUCAAGUUUGAAUAGAUAGCAGAGCUAAAGCUCAAGCUUCUUGUCAAGAUUUUUUGAAAUUUUGUCACUAAAAGGUUGCCAGGCCAACUUGUUAUAGACAAAAUGGAGUCAUCGGGUGAAGAUGAAUAUUACGAUGAUUCGAACGAACCUACUGUGGACGAAGUUGAAGAACUGGUUGAACGAAUAUUAAUGUCUCCUCGGGUUUCUGUACGAGAGGAUGAUAGUCCUACUCCGUCUGAUAACGAAUCUGGAAUGGAGACGUAUGAUCGAACCCUUCCCGGACAACAUUCAUAUCUGGGAAGUGUGAGGGAAUUAUCUGGAAGAACUAUUCUGGAUGAAAAUGAAAUAAUAACGUUACCUCUGGUAUCGAUUCGAGGUUUUGUUUUGAUGCCGGGACAGAUCUUCCCACUCACCCUGUUCCAUCCCUCUGGUAUCUCGCAAAUGAGAACAUUGAUCAACUCAACCAAAACAUUCGGCGUGAUCACAAUGGGGAUCGAUCCCAGCAAAUGCAGCGGAGAGAUCGGAACUACGGCGGAGGUUUUCGAAUACCAAGAUGUUGAGGAUGUAAACUCUGUAGAGUUUAAAAUAAAGGCCCGAGGUCGGCAGAGGUUCAAAGUAGUCUCAGUUCGGAGACAGAUAAAUGGAACCCUAGAGGGUUCGGUUAUCAUGAUCUCUGAUAAUCCUCUUCCGAAUCCUCUUGGAAUGCUUAGACUGAAGAGCUCAGAUCGACAGUUUGAGUGCGAUUUUAUUCCUGUAAAUUUAACCUCUGGAUCAGGGGAUGGUUUAGCUGCUCCUGGAGAUAAUGGAGAGGAAGGUUCCGCUGUCCCUGGAGAUGAUGGAGGACGUGUUGAGAUGCGUGUUAUUGUUAGCUAUCCUAAGAAAAGUCUAGCCAAUCUUUCUCCCUUUCCUACCUGGGUUUACCAGAUGUACGAAACUCAGAACCUUGUAUCCCGUGUAAGAUCUGAGCUGGGACGGUCUGGUAUGGGAGGACGGAGUGUCAAGGUUCCGAUGGAUCCGGAGGAAUUAUCCUGGUGGGUGGCCGCCAACCUUCCUCUUCUGGAGACACAGAAAUCAUAUAUUCUCAGUUUAAAAUCUAUCGUGCAGAGAUUAAGAGCGGAACUCAGUUUCCUCACUCAGUGUCGGGUCCUUGUUUGCUCCAGGUGCAGCACUCAUCUAGCAAACCAGUCGGAUAUAUUCUCUAUGUCUGAGGAUGGUCCUCAGGCCGCCUUUGUAAACCUUGGCGGUCAUCUUCACGAGACCUUGACUCUGUACCAGGCCCGGAACCUGAAACUGGUUGGAACUCCGUCAACUGAGUACAGUUGGUUCCCAGGGUAUGCCUGGACUAUACUGGAGUGUGGAACAUGUCAUAAUCAUAUCGGAUGGAAAUUUACAGCGGCCAAGAGUAGUUUGAAACCUGUCAAAUUUUAUGGGUUUUCAGGAAAAUCAAUCAUUCCGACCAUAAGGACCGCGGAAACAGGGGUUCCGGCUGACGGAGGAAUUCGCACCGACCUUGCCGACUUAAACUCAGAAGAGAGUGGCGUAGUUGUGAUCUGAUUCUGGCGAGUGAAAGAUUUUUUAUAAGUGAUAUUUCUUCCAGUUAAAACUACAUUUAUAUUAUUACAAUUUCAGA